GUUGAGGAAGAGGAAGAGGGAAAGGUUGAGGGAGAGGAAAAGGGAGAGGGAAAGGUUGAGGAAGAGGGAAAGGUUGAGGAAGCUGCCCCAGAAAGAGAGGAAAGCGUAGAGCCAGAAAUCGAUGUGGAGGAAAGGGAAGCUGUGGCAGAGCGAGGACGAGAUGCAGCGGAAGAUACGUCAGAAGGCGUAUCCAGAGAUGCUGACAGGGAGGAAGAGGCCUUAGGGGAAGAGUGUGGUGAGAGGAAAGCAGCCAUGGGGGGUGAGGAGGGGGAACUAGCACCAACCACUGUGACUAGAUCUCUGAGGAGUGGUGGGAAGACGUCCAAGGCUCCAAAAAGCAGGUCCAGACGAAGCAAGAAGCAGCCAAACAAAGAGGAAGAGGAGGAGGGACAGAGACAACUCCAGAACCAGGAAGAGGGACCAAAGGAAUCAGCUGAGGAAGCAGAGGAAGAGGAAAAAACAGGGCUGGGGUCAGUCGAAGACCCCCCAACAGAAGGGGAGGAAGCUGUCACAGCAGAAACAGGAGAGCCAUCAGAAGGAACUCUGCCGGUGGCUGAAGAGGAAGCUGCAGAGGAUUCAACACAAGAAGGAGACACUUCGUUACCCAAAGCCAGCGCGGACUCAGCUGUACUGCCACCGAGUGGAGAAGAGGGGCAACGGGCAGCCCAGCUCUCGGUGAGCCAUACUGACGUCCAGGAAGAAGCUGCAGCUGCAGAGGAGGCUCUUCCUGCUGAGGCAGAGGAGGAGCAGAGAGAGGAAGCAGCUAUUGCAGAGGAGGAUGCUCCUGAGGGGACAGAAAACUCUGAGCUGGAGAAGGCUAAAGUGGAAGCAGUCCCAACAGCAGACCCAGGGGAGGGCAGAGCUAAUGAAGAGGAGGCUGAAGGUGUUAAGGAUGAGGAGCAGGAAGCUACAGUCCCAGAAACCAGAGCACGCAGGAAGCAGGCAGGCCAAGCCACGCCCAGAAGUAGACUAACAAGAAGCAGACAGGAGAAUGCUGAGGUAGGAAAGGACGCAGCUUCAGAAAGUCAGAAAGCGGAACCGACAGUUCAAGUCCGGGUUCUGAGGAGGGGGAGGAAGCUUAUCCCUGUCACGCAAAGACGUACAACAAAAAGAACCCACCCAGAGGAAGAGGAGGGAGGAGAUGAAUCUGCAGCAGGUGAGGCGAGAGAGGCAGAGGAAGAAGAGGAACAGCAGCAGAUUGUUGAUCAGGAGAAGGCAAAGAGACUUGAUGAAAGGGAUGCAACUGAACGAGUAGAAACUACGGACGCAGAAAUGAGCAAAGACAAAGAGGAGACUGUGGCAGAGGAAGCUGUCUUACAACAAGAUGCCUCAGAGCAGGGACAGGCCCACAGGGCCGGGACAGCUGCAGAUGUGGACACAGAUGUUGGACAGCCUGCUGAUGAGGGGAAGAGCUUGGAUGUUCAAGAGGAAGUAGUCCCAACACAAGAGACAGUGGAGGGGGAACAGUCAACCUCAGCAGUGAUGGGAAGUCCCCAAGAGACCGCAGAGGACGGCGAGGCAAAAGGUGUGUCUGAGGAGGAGGAAGCACCCGUUACUGAAAGAGGCAAAACCACCAACAGACAAGAGGAAGAGGCAGCUGGAGAGACACAAGCAGAGGAAACCAAAGCUCAUGAGAAGGAAGACAACAGUGAUGAGAAGACUGAAGAAAGAGAUGGGGAUGAAGCUGCAGCAGAGCAGGAAGAAGAAGCUAUAGAGCCAGAGGUUGAGAUGGAAAAAGAAGAAGCUGUGGCAAAGGAAGAGGACCGGUCUGCUGUUUCUGAGCCAUGUGAAGACCGACAGGGAGAGACGUCCGCUGGGGAAAGAGCUGAAGAGACACCAAAUACAGACGAGGGAAAGGUUACUGACCAGGAAGAAGCAGAAAGUGUUGAAACAGCAGUCCUGAGAAGCGGUAAAAAGACAGGGAGAGCCACAACCAGAAGCAAAACCACAAAAAGGCCAGAGGAAGAGGCAGCUGGAGAGAAAAGCAUGGCAGACGAUGAACCAGCGGUAGAAACAAGAGUUCUGAGGAAGGGAAAAAGGUCUGCUGCUGCCACACCUCGGGGUAAAUCCAAAAGAGUCCGCACACAGCCUCAGACAAAGGAAGAGGAAGAAGCUGCUCCUGCUGAAGAGACACAAGCAGAGGAAGCCAAAGCUGAUGAGAAGGAAGACAACAUUGAUGAGAAGACUGAAGAAAGAGAUGGGGAUGAAGCUGCAGCAGAGCAGGAGGAAGAAGAGGCAGGGCAGGAACCACUUGAGGAGAAAGGGGAGGAAGCAGAGGAAGAAGGAAUGAGUAUGGAAAUGGACAAAGACAAAGAAGUACGAGAGGAAGAGUCUGCUGUAGGAGAUGCAGAGCAGAUGAAGGAAGUAGUGCCUGAAGAAGAGGACAACAGUGUGGAAGCUGUGGAAGAGAGUUCAUCAGCUGAGGUAGAAGAGACAAAGUCAGCCGAGGAAGAGGAAACCACCGUCACAGAAGGAUCCCCUGAAGUGGGAGGUGACAGUGGCGUCGCUGGAGAAGAGGAUCUAUCUGUGGCGGCAGAGGAAGAAGCUCCGGCUGUAACAACCAGAGCGCUGCGGAGCAAAACAAAAACUUCAGCCGCCACUCCAUCACGGAGGUCCAGGAGAGGAGCAGUGCAGACGCAGCAGCAGGAAGAGGAAGAUCCUGAGGAAGAAGAAGUGCACCAAUCGACUGGUGACUCACCUCGAAGAUCGGUGCGUAAAAAGCCCCGAGUGGAUUACAGAGAAAACGAUGAUGAAGGAGAGCGAGGCGAGAUGGAGGCCACAGCUGACCAGCAGGAAGCGGACGAAGAGGAGGACAGAGAGGACGAGAAAGCGAAACGUUCUGCAGAGCAGCCGGCAGAGAAGCUGUACAAUCUGAGUUUAGUGUUAGACACAGAUGAGGAGGGGGAGACAGCAGGUUGGAGUCCAGAGGAGCAGAAUAUGUCAGAGGAAGAGGCGGAGCCUGUAGUGAUUGGAAAGAGAGUUUUAAGAGGGAGGUCAGUUCCUUCAGUGAUAAUCACCCCCCAGGCUAAAUCCACACGCCGCAGUGCUAGAGUUCAGAAAGCUGAGGAAGAAGAAGAGAAGAGCCCGCGCUCCGCUCAGAAGAGAAGAGCUGAAGGAACACCAGCUCGCAGAUCUCAGCGUCGCAGCAGAGUUUAGGAUGUUCUGAAUGCUACGAUCAACAUCCACACAAAAUACAUGUAGUAGUGUGCAGUCACAGAACUGGGAAAUGCAAAAGAAACAACACAUGCUCAUAGUCAAUGUUUAAUGCAAGCUUCGGUAGUGUGCAGGCAGACUCACAGCGUACACUCACAAACACCUGUGUGUUCUCCAUGUGGACUUAGAGCGAGACCCUUUGAAAUGUUUCAGCAUGACCCAUUAACCUGUGACAGAGCAUAGCCCCCUCUGUCAGUGUGAGCCCCCAGGCCCUGCCAACCAUAGGUAAAUAAUGACAGACAUGAACCUUUUUAUAUUACCUGUGAGCACAGUGGCCACUGUGCAUAAGUGACUUUUCAGUUCAAAACUGCAGCUGUAAACUUGUCCUGUGACUGUGGACACUGUGUCUCGCUGCCGUUUUCACCAGCAUGUCAUUUUUCUACAAACACAAACCUGUCAUCAUGGUCACGUGAAAGACUUCAUAGCAGAUACUGCACGUGGCUGUAAAAGAUCUCCGAACCUAAUCAGGCUGUGUUGUUUCAUCCUCCGAACAGUAAGGCGUGUUCACACUGAGUUGAAGGUGCACACUGAAGGUCUGCAGAUCCAUAUUUAUUAGUCAGAAUUGUUUUAAACAGUUUUUGCCUUUCCCAGUUAGCAUCAGUUAUAUUUUUGAGUAAAAACACAGAGGUUGAUCAGAAAAAGACUGCACACUUAACACAUGAACACACUUGAAUGGGACCACUCUUAAAAAGCCAUAAUUUGCAUUUUAACUGAGAAUUCUGACAAGUGGGGAAUUCAUAUUUUUACUGUGCAUAUUUUUUUUAUAUUUCAUUAAAAAUGUGAAUGUCCAGUUUGCAUUGUGUAAUGUGAUAAAUCUCAACUAUGGGUUUUGGUAAUGUUUUACUCAGCAGGCAACAAUGGGAAAGUGAAAUAAAGUGAAUUGGUGUUUUUUUAAAUGUGUGAAAUGCUCCAACAGUUCAUCUCCAUAGGGUGUUUGUGUUUUAUGAAUAUGUGUUGCAUAUUUCCAAAAACUGUUCUUGCAUCGCGACCAUCAGCAGAACUCAGGUCUUAACUCAUAUUAACAUGUUCUCUUUUACAUUUCACACCUAGAUAUUUGCACAUGGAGACCCAUGUGAUAUGUAAUGGCCUCACAUGUUCCUAACCCUUUAACUAACUCUGUGAACCUGAGCAUUAGAUGCUGUCGGGGGUUAUGUAAUCAUUGUGCUCAGCCACGUUUAUUAAUGUGAUAUGAUUUAGUCAGCAGCAUACGUUGUGUCAGUUUGUGUGUUGAUUUUGUGGUUUGUGUCAUUUUGAAGCGAACAUGUAUUACUGAGCUGUGGGAUGUGAAAUGUAGUUGUGCUUAUUAGCACAUUUAAGUCAUUUAGGUCAUUAACCCUCACUUCUGGCUUGUGUACUAAACUUUGUCGACUUCUUUUUUAAUGAGCUGAAAUUACACCAAAUAAAGAUUUCUGAAAUGA